UACAAUUUGGGCUCUAUUGUUGUUGGGGACACUAGCUAUUCUUGAAUUCGCCUGUCUGUCGCUUGCUUUUGACUCAUUCCUUCUCAUUUCUUAGCUGUUUGUUCGUUUUCCUUGAAGUUUUUAUCUUUUGGGCUUCGGGCUGUUUUCAGUCUCGGGAUCCCCUUGUUCUUCUUUGUUCUUUCUCUAUUGCUUAUACAGAUCCUUGAGGAACUCGAUCCCCCCAUCGUCUCUGCUCCCAUUCUUCUCCCGGGUUUUUUUUUUCUCCGGAUUCAUUCGGUGAUUAUUCUGUCGUUCACCAAUCUCUCUCCGUCUGUGCGUGUGAUUCUUAUGGAAGGUGAUUACCAUAGACGCGGUCUGUCGGGGAAUGACAGUUCACCCGGUUACUUUGUUCGGUUGGAUAAACCAAGAGCAGUAGACGAUCUGUAUAUCGGCAAAAGAGCAAAAAUGCGAAGGUGGCUCUGCUGUGCUUGUCACGUUGAAGAACCUUACCACUUACCCAAACACGAGAGCCUGAAAAUUCCUCGGCACAUCAACAACAUCGGAUAUGGAAGAAAACCGCCGGCUGCUGUGAAGCCUCCUGCUGUCCCGAGGGAGCCUCCCCCGAUCGAUGUGCCAGCUUUGUCAUUGGACAAGUUAAAAGAAAAGACGGACAAUUUCGGUUCAAAGGCAUUGAUCGGAGAAGGAUCAUAUGGAAGAGUAUACUAUGCAAACUUGAAUGAUGAUGAUGAAGCAGAGGCUGUGGCAGUGGCAGUGAAGAAGCUUGAUAAUUCAGCCAAACCUGAAUCAGAUGUCGAGUUUUUGACACAGGUCUCUAGGGUUUCGAAGCUGAAGCAUGAAAAUUUCGUUCGGCUCCUCGGCUACUGCAUUGAAGGGAAUAUCCGAAUCCUUGCAUACGAGUUUGCCAUUAUGGGAUCCUUGCACGACAUUUUGCACGGAAGAAAGGGAGUACAAGGGGCGCAGCCAGGUCCGACCCUCGACUGGAUGCAACGAGUGAGAAUAGCGGUCGAUGCAGCGAGGGGCCUAGACUACUUACACGAGAAAUUCCAACCUCCGAUAAUCCACAGGGACAUUCGUUCUAGUAAUGUGCUUCUCUUUCAAGGCUUCAAGGCCAAGAUUGGUGAUUUUAACCUAUCAAAUCAGGCUCCCGAUAUGGCGGCUCGCCUUCAUUCUACCCGAGUUUUGGGAACCUUCGGUUACCAUGCACCCGAGUAUGCAAUGACGGGCCAGUUGACACAAAAGAGCGAUGUGUACAGUUUUGGUGUCGUGCUCUUGGAGCUUCUGACAGGGAGAAAACCCGUUGACCAUACAAUGCCGCGUGGUCAACAGAGUCUCGUCACCUGGGCAACACCAAGGCUGAGUGAAGACAAAGUGAAACAAUGUGUUGAUCCAAAUCUCAAAGGAGAAUACCCUCCUAAGGCAGUUGCGAAGCUUGCGGCAGUGGCAGCAUUGUGCGUGCAAUAUGAAGCAGAGUUCAGGCCAAACAUGAGCAUUGUAGUAAAAGCCCUGCAGCCACUGUUGAGGCCUCCAUCCACGGCAGCAGCUCCUGCCCCACCUGAAACUUAAUCCUCUGUAAACAGAAAUACCCGUUACCUCCUUCGUCUGGUAAAUUCAAGAUUUCUGCAUCAUUUCCGGAAAAGUUUGGUAAUCCAUGUCCAUGGUUUUCAUCUGCGGAUAUCUGCAAGACACGAAGAGUGUUUCCGCUGCAUUUUCUUUUCCUUUUCGAUGAAUGUGUAAGAAGAUGAGAUAGUUAGGGAUUGAGUUCAUUGGUGGGAGGGAUGUGUUAUAACGUUUGCCCGUUUGGUAAUGGCAACACAAAUGUACCAAACUCUAAAUCGCUUCCAAGUUUGGAUCUAAUAUAUGAUCUUUUUAUAUACAACGAAAUCGUAGUUGGGGUUUGAACAUCUGAUCUUUUAUUGAAAUGAAUGUUGUGAAAAAUA